GGCCGCACUCUAGUUUCCACAUCCGGAACUCGGCACAACAUUUCACUACACAACAGUAAACAUGGAGAGCAUCAGGACGACCUCUGUAAUACUAAUUCUGUUGACUUUUGUUUCUGUGGGAUGUGUGAGCGGUGGGCCGACCGUCGUGUCAAUUUUUCCAGCCGACUUACACUCCAUUACAGAACCCGGUGGAAGAUUAAAAAUGGAGGCUCGCCGGAAAACAGAAAUUCUUCUCACUGGGAGUGGUUUGGAAGAGGAGUCAAAGAUGUUUUUCACUCCGGACGAAAACUCAUGCGCUGGUUCUUUGAGAAAAACACGCUCUUUUACCAUUACUGAUGUUAGUAGUGAUGGGUCCAGUGGUUCAGCUGAAAUUGAACUCCUUCCGUUGCUGGAAGGAGAAGAGAAUUAUUACAUUUGUGUGCAAAUCAAGCAAAAUCAUUCUGAGUACCAACACCAAGGCAAUAAGGCUUGGCUCACAAUUUCUGUGUAUGAAGUAGAGCCUACCAGUCCCUAUAUGCUGCCUCUGGGGCUGCAGAUUUCCAUAGUCUGUGUUCUGUUAGUGCUGUCUGGAUUGUUCAGUGGUCUUAAUUUAGGCUUAAUGGCACUUGAUCAAACUGAAUUGGAAAUUAUUGAAAGAGUAGGAUCUCAGAAGGAAAGAAAGUAUGCCAAACGGAUUGCGCCUUUGCGAAAACGGGGCAAUUUUCUAUUGUGCACACUCUUGUUGGGAAAUGUGAUGGUGAACAGUACUUUCACUAUUCUUUUUGACAACUUGACUAAUGGAUUAAUUGCUGUUAUUUCGUCAACUGUUGGAAUUGUGUUAUUUGGUGAAAUUAUCCCACAAGCAAUUUGUUCUCGGCAUGGCUUAGCUGUUGGUGCAAAAACGUAUUGGCUCACAAGAAUUUUUAUGAUUGUAACAUUCCCUGUGUCAUUUCCAAUUAGCCUCAUUCUUGAUAGAAUUCUUGGUGAGGAAAUGGGCCAAGUUUAUAAUAAGGAAAAAUUGCAAGAGUUGAUUCGAAUGACUGCAGACAGAAGAGUACUCCAUGACAAUGAAGCUAAUAUUAUUUCUGGUGCUCUUCAGUUGACUAAUAAAAGUGUGGAAGAUGUAAUGACUAAGAUCGAGGAUGUUUAUAUGCUUGAGAUACACACGUGUUUGGAUUUCGAAACAUUGGCUGAAAUUAUGCGUCAUGGAUACACAAGAGUUCCUGUUUAUGAUGCAGAAAAAACGAACAUUGUGAGUCUUCUCAAUACCAAGGAUCUUGCUCUUAUUGAUCCUGAUGACAACACCCUUUUGAGUACUAUUUGCAAGUUUUAUGAUCACAAGCCACUCUUUGUGGAUUUUGAUUCUACUUUGGAUGCUAUGCUGCAAGAAUUUUUGCAUGGCAACUCGCACAUGGCGAUCGUACAGAAGCUGCACAACACCGAGGACCAGGACCCUUAUUACGAGACGAUGGGCGUGGUCACUCUGGAGGACGUCAUCGAGGAGAUCCUGCAGAGCGAGAUCAUUGACGAGACCGACAUGAUGACGGACAAUCGGCUGAAAGAACUACGACCCAGACAGAAGCAGGACUACUCCGUGUUUGGUGGGGAGGAGCGCUCCAAGCUGUCCCAACAACUGGCCUUCGUGGCCUUCCAGUUCCUGACCACUACUGUUGAACCAUUCUCGGAUGACUACCUGGCCCGCAAUGUGGUCAAAAACUUGAUGAAGAAGGACAUUGUGGUCAACCUGUCCCCCACAGAUCCCGUCUCAGAAAAGAAUUUCAUAUAUCGGAAAGGGGUGGCUUCUGAUGUCUUCGUUCUGGUCCUUCAAGGAACAGUGGAAGUUACGAUAGGUGAUGAGAGCAUGGUUUUUGAAACUGGACCCUUCAGUUAUUUUGGAGUUGAAUCUCUCAAAUGUAUCCGGAAGAUGUCAACAGUGAACGAGUUCAAGAGCCAGGACUACAUCCCAGACUUCUCUGUACGAGCCUUGACUGAUGUCCAGUAUCUUUGCAUCCGCCGUUCACAGUACCUGGCUGGCUUGCGCACUACCAGGAUGAUUCGGCAGCAGACAUCAUCUGCCCUGGUUGUUGGGGAUGCCUUUGAGGAGGAGUAUGAGAAAGCGACGAAAGGCAACACCACCAACUCCAAUAGUGUUUUGGACAGUCACUCUCCAUCCAACUUACCCCUCGAGGCACUCAAACACGAUGACUGGCACAAGAAGAAGUCAACAUCUUCUCUGGAUCGCUUGACAUUUUUCCAUCGCAAACCUGACCCACAUGAGAUUCUAAAUCGAAUGAGAAGAAGUGGCUCAGACGCCAAAGACAGGUGUGCAGAGUACCACGGUGAUGUGGAUAGCUCCAGCUGGAAACGUUCCACCGAUGCAAAGGUCAGGAAAUACUCAGAAGAUGCUGAGAAGGCCAGUCCCCAAAGCCCUGCUGCUGACCAUAAGAGCAAGUCCUCCCACUCCUCUCUGCCAUUUGCUGCCCUUCACAGUAACCACAAACUGGAUAUUCUGCCGGAUGAGGAGAAGGGAGAGGGUGUCUGUAUGAAUCAGAGUGAGGCAGCAACAUUGUCAGCUACUCCGGCAAAAGUCUCUUCUUAUCUGUCAGGCUCUGAGAGCAGUCCCGAUCUGGAGAACAAGGAUACUGCGCAGCCCCUGCCCUUCUCUGGACAGGCCUACGAAAUGGAUGAAAAAGCUUUAAGUGAUUCGUCGGCCAAUGGCAAAGGCUUAGAGAAAGUCCCAUUGGUGGUCACAAAGCCUUCCUCUCCUGCAAGUAAAAGCACAGAGACCCCCAGCAGUGGUUCUCAAAAUUUCUACAAGAACAUUAGCAAUGCUGCCCGUGAUGCUGAGAAAGUUCCCCUUAUGCAUCAGGAAGGAUCUUCCAAUGAUGUCUCACCCAACGACCCAGCUGUGUCCUAGCUGGAAGCAUAACUUAUGCUUUGGUCUUGCUUAGUUUGGUAUUCAUACACUUUUAGUGGGUCAGUUGAAUUUUCUUUCGAUGUAUCUUAUUUUCUCCUCCUGAAAGUAGAUUUCAGUUGACAUGAAAAAAAUUUUCGCCCAUUUGGUUUGGCUUCCAUAUAAUAUCAGGCCAUGUUUUGAAUAAACUAUUGGGACUAUUGGGACUGGAAAAUGUGUCUAGGCUUGCUUUCGACCCCAGAAAUGUAAACCCCAUGUGAAAUUGAAGCAACUAUUCAAUAUCGGUAUCAAAUUCCUUUGUCUUAAUUUUGUAUAUGUUGUAGAUAAAGAAAGGAAUGCCAAAUUUGAUUAUAGUGUAAAGUUUUAUUGUGUAUGGCUUUCUCCAAUAUUGUGAUCACAAUCAAACCAUAAUCGUGAGUUCUUGCGGCUUGUUACGCGCCACUGCUGUGAUCUGUUUUCUGCUUGAGUUUGCUGUAGAUAUUCUGAUGCUUUACAAGUAUUGUGAAGGAGUUUGACCACAUGUGAGCUUGGCUUAAUUCGAUUGGGCAUGUCUAAAUAGCGGGUUUCCAAAUAAAAAGGACCCAUUUAUAGGGCAAUAACUCGAUCAUCCUAAGACUGAUAUCAACAAAACUUGGGAAAAAUAAAAUUCAAUCAAGGGGGUGUCACAAUAGUUAAUAUGAAUAUCAACAAACAUUUGCUAAAAUAUCAAGUUUGAAAAAUUACAACCAAAAUUGAGUGAAAUGACAAACUUUGCAACUUCUUAAAAAUCAAUGAUAAUGUGUAUUUGUGUAUUGGAGAACAAUUUUUUUCUAAAACUGACAUUGCCAAACAAACUCAGGGAAGGUGGUGACUGCUUAAAUUUUAGUGAUUGUAUGCUCCAGGUGUAGACCAUUUCUUUCCGGACAAGCUCGAACGCAUCACUUGAAAUUUUGAAUAACCAUGUAAUAUGUUUCUGGGUCAAUUCUUCGGACCUCCAGUUCAACACUGAGUUUCAAAUGCUCAAUUCACUAUUUGUUAAUAUUUCUAUAGAUUGUCAGUCAAAAAAAUUCCCAAAGGAGAUAAUUGAGGGGGAGGGGGGGGGGAGAUACAGUGAUCAUUCAUUUGUAAUUUUUUGGCUUUUAAGGCAUUCUCAAAAUCACUCCUGCAAUCAUGCUAGGGGCCACUCUUGAAUUUUGAGAAUCUGGGCCCAUCUUACUGAGCCAGGACACCUCCCUAAACUGCUGCAAAACUUUCUCAACAUUUUGAGAUAUCCAUCGUAUUGUCCACAUCCUGAAACCAGAGCGUCCAAUCACACACCCGUAGCUGAAUGCUUUUAAGAAGUUAAGUUUUGUGUUUCACUCAGUUUUGUUUAAAAAAAUGAAAACUUUAUAUUUAUCUUAGGCAUUGAGUGAUUUUUUUCAUAUUGACCACUUUGAUAUCCCUUCGUUAAAUUUCAUUUUUUCAGUUUUGUUGAAAUUUGUACAAAGAUGACCAUGUUAUUGCCCUUCAAAUUGUCCUUUUUCGUUAGAAACCCUAAACUAUGAUUGUGCACAGUGUUGAGGAUAGUAAAAAGGUGACUGAGUUUUUGCAUCUAUAUUGAGUGUUUUUAACGUUUUGUUCUCAUUCGUACAACUUUGAAUACAAAGCUGGCUUGGUAGAAUCUUUUGUCAUUUUAUUCCUAUUUGCAAAAGCACUCAAUGACUUGUUUACUACUUGCUUGACUUGGACCUUCUAUGCAUGAAGAAAUUAUGACCAAUUUCAGUGUACAGAUGAGGUGGUGAUGUUUGAUGUCGUGUAAUUAUUCUAGAUUUGUAGUUCAUUGUCUGGUCCAAGCUGAGAUUCAUCGACCAAAUCAGUGAAAUUCUGAAGGGAAUUUAAUCGGUAGCAGUGAAAUCAUAUUAUGAUUGACUUUCCUUCAUUUCAUGUGUUAUUAAGUUUAGAUUCACUUAUAAAGAAAAAUUAAACACAUUUGUGACUACUGUUACAACACAAAAGUGGCACUACUGUUGGAUGUCCUCUCUGUAGAUCAAAAGAUAGCUUUGCAAAUUUGGACAUAUCUUUUUUCAAAAUUAAAAGUUAUUGGAAAGGGCCACAUUUAAAGUUAAAUGUGUAAAGAAGAGCUGAGCUUUUCCCCCAACCUUUUAUUAACUAUAUAUAGAGAUCUGUCAGACAUUUUUAGUACAUUUUCGUAUUACAUCUGUCAAUGGUGCCAACACUCUGGUCUAGUCACGCCAAUGUUAUCACAUGAGUUUAUAAAAAUUUCAUGCUUGUAAUAAAUUUUGAUGUAGUGAAUAGUCUUGAUGGUAUGUGUGGCUACUAUAGCUGACCAUGUAGUGGACUGGUUAGCAAGUACUUGGCUAGAGCUCAUAGCAGUACUAAGUUCCUGGCUUCUUCUGGGAUUGUUUAAAUUACAAAACUCACUGUCUGAAAUCAUAUCUUGUGUUUCAGUCUCAUGUACAUUAUAUACAAAUGUGUACACAAGUUGGAAGAUGAAACUAUUCUGAAGUUGUAUACUUAGGAUUUUUUGUGAUUAUAGCUAUGCUUGACAAUUGAUGCUUUUUCUUUUGCCAAAUUAGAUAGGAUCUAUUUGUACAAUUUCAGAUUUAUGUAGAAAAUCAUAUGACAGAUUUAUUCUUAAGUUGGUGACAUCCUAACUCAGAAUAGAGCUCAAUGUAAGUGAAAUAGUUAUGCCCAUGGAAGCUUAUUUCUCUCAAAAUGUAGUCUCAGCCAAUAUUUGAAAAUGGUUGUUCUUCUUCACUUUAUCAACUGCAGCAGACCUGCUCUUAUCACUACAUGGCAUUGGACAGAAGGGCGAGAGCCCAGCUGUUGCUGGAUCGAUAACAACAACAACAACAAAACACUUUAUCUGUUAAAGAAAGCCCAGUACCUGAUAGAGUGAAUCAGUUCUUUUGUUCCUGCCUGAUCUACUUUGUCCUUUCCUUGUAGAUGUGAAAAGCGAAAGUAAUUAAUUGGGGGAGGGAAUUUCUUAUGAUUGUCGCUGGUUAAAAUACGAAAAAAAAAAAAA